UACUUUUAAGUAUAGUGUAGUUGGACACGCGUUUCAUCAUCUAUCUGUUUGUUAGUUCUCGGAAAUAGCAUAAAUUAAAGAGAGUGUAGUCAGUUUUGUCUUGAAUUGUCAGCGCCAGGGAAUGACUGAGGUCGAAAAAGGAAUGGAUGCUCUGACAGUGGCAGAGAUAUACACCUCGGAAGCAAAGGGGUGUGAUGAAAGUGGAGAUGGUUCAAAACAGAAGCCUUUUAAAACUGUUUUACAGGCAAUGCGUAAGGCAGUCAAAGAGCCAUUCCCACCUAUUUAUGUGGAUGGAAAAGAAGGAGAGUUUGAUCUGGUGGCUAAAUCUCAGCUGAAGAAAGUGCACAAAAUAUGGCAGAGAGAACAGUAUAAGAAAAUUGAUGCUGAGGUGAAAGCUGCAGAAGAUGCAGACAGGCGUGAAAAGAAUCUGGAAGAAGCGAAAAAAACUGUCAUUGAAUUGGAUAACAGCCUACCUGCUCCAAAAAAGAUAAAGAUCAGAGACACAGUCAAGAACAGAGAAGUGAGAGUCCAGAUUUUUGGAUGGGUGCAUCGCUGCAGAAGGCAAGGAAAAAACUUGAUGUUUGUAAUUCUUCGGGAUGGAACUGGCUUUCUGCAGUGUGUGAUGGCAGAUAAACUGUGCCAGACAUAUGAUGCUCUUGUCUUAGCCACAGAGUCAGCCAUUGCUGUCUAUGGUACUAUAAGUGAGCUUCCUGAAGGGAAAUCGGCGCCAGACAACCAUGAGAUGAAAGUGGACUACUGGGAAGUGAUUGGAGCAGCCCCAUCUGGUGGAGCAGACAAUUUGCUUAAUGAAGAGGCACAUCCAGAUGUACAGCUGGAUAACCGCCACAUGAUGAUUAGGGGUGAAAAUACUGCAAAGGUUCUGAAGAUGAGGUCUGUCAUCAUCCAAUGCUUUAGAGAUCAUUUCUUCAAUAGAGGCUAUUUUGAAGUGCAUCCACCAACACUGGUGCAGACUCAAGUUGAAGGUGGCUCUACACUUUUCAAACUGGAUUUCUUUGGUCAAGAGGCAUACCUUACACAGAGCUCACAGCUCUACCUGGAAACAGCACUUCCAGCCCUAGGAGAUGUCUUCUGUAUGGCACAGUCAUACAGAGCAGAGCGUUCACGUACUCGUCGUCAUCUUGCUGAAUACACACACUGUGAAGCUGAGUGCCCUUUCAUCACAUUUGAAGACCUUCUGGACAAGAUUGAGGACCUUGUGUGUGAUGUCACCGAGCGAAUUAUAAGUUCUCCUUUUGCCAGCAUUGUCUAUGACCUACACCCUGGAUUUAAAGCUCCCAAGCGUCCUUUCAAACGUAUGAACUACACGGAUGCAAUACAGUGGCUGAAAGAUAACAAUGUCACAAAGGAUGAUGGCACGUUUUAUGAAUUUGGAGAUGACAUUCCAGAAGCCCCAGAGAGGAAAAUGACAGACACAAUAAAUGAACCUAUCCUUCUGUGCCGAUUCCCAGCUGAAAUCAAGUCAUUUUACAUGCCUCGCUGCAAAGAAGACAAACGACUAACAGAAUCAGUGGAUCUGCUAAUGCCUAAUGUUGGAGAAAUUGUUGGAGGAUCUAUGAGGAUAUGGGAUGAAGCACAACUUACAGAGGGAUUCAAGCGUGAAGGCAUUGAUCCUACACCAUAUUACUGGUACAUUGAUCAGCGAAAGUAUGGAUCUUGUCCUCAUGGAGGCUAUGGCCUUGGUGUUGAACGUUUUAUGUGUUGGAUACUUGACCGCUACCACAUUCGUGAUGUAUGUCUGUAUCCCCGCUUUUUGGAUCGGUGUAAGCCUUAAGCAACUCAAGGAGCUCACAUCAUCAUCAGCGCCAGCAAAGACAGUUUUAAGAAGACAAUUAUGAUACUAAUGCUGUGCUUUUUUCCUGGAUCUGCAUUGUUUAUUGCUUCUGUAAAAAGCAGUUUGUUUAUAGCAGUCCGUGGCAAAUAAAGGUUAUCUUCUCAUUUCUAUAAACAGCAAUGGUUCUCUUGAAAGAACACCCAUCUUUUGUUUCUUCAGAGAUCAUUUGUUGUGUAAAGCUCGUCAUUCUUUAUCAAUAGUUCUCUUGAAAGGUAUAAAUCAAAUGAACAGCACUAUUUAUUCAUUUUUGUGGUGAUGAAAGAAACACAUUUGUAAUCUGCCCAAUUUUUGCUCUGCUCUCAUGUUUCUACCAUCACACUAGAAUUUCACGCAAGAUUUCUCUGUCAACUCCCAUUUGAAGAUAUCCAGCAUGAUCUGUAUUUGACACUGCGUUAUGAAAAAGAAAAACUAUGCUCUUUUUUCCUAUCUUUUUAAAGAAUUUUUGGAAGUAGUUGGUAAGUUCACAGAUAUUCUACAAUCAAGUUUAUAUACCAGCAGGCUGUAGCAGUGCUGUUUUUUAUUUGGCAUUUGGUCCUUCACCAUAGUCAAAUGCUCAAAAACUAGUUUUGUGUUGCCUUUGUGUUCUCCGAUAUACCCCGAGCAACAAACUGACACUUUUAUUAAAUGUAUUUAAAAUUGUCUUUAUGUCAAGGAUGUUUAGAGACACCUGGCUUUUAGGAGUUCUGAGUGUCAAGAGCAUAAAUAAUUUAACUGGGGUGACAUGGAAUGCAUUUUUUUAAUGCAUUGGCUUGAUCCAGGCAUCCAAAAGCAUGGUGCUGAAAUUUGUUAAACUGUGUGCAUCAUUCUUCAACUGACCCCAUUGCUGUCAAUCAUUCAGGUGUUUACAGUGUUCUGACCAAUACUGGUUUGAGAAAAAACUUGAAAGGUAAUAGAGGUUUUGUUGAUCGAUCUUGCUGUUGCGCUGUUCUAUUCGUAAUAAAGGCUUUAGAUGUGAAGACA